UUAACAUCAACUUCAAACUUAACUUCCAUUUCCAUUCUUUCAAAAAAAAUUCAUUUUUUCAAAUUUGAAGGUGUUGAUAUAAGAUACAACAACAAUAGCAACUGGUGCAAUUUUACUUAAAUUAGUUCCAAUAUGGAGCCAGCAGAUUUAAGUAAUUUGCGCGGCCGCAGUAUAAGGGGAAGCAUGAGAGGUAGUAUAAGAGAAAAUAGUAAUUCAAUAUGGAGAAAUAAUGGUGUUGAAGUAUUUUCAAGAUCAGGUAGAGAUGAAGAUGAUGAAGAAGCAUUAAAAUGGGCAGCAUUAGAGAAGUUACCAACUUUUGAUAGAUUAAGAAAAGGUAUAUUGUUUGGAUCACAAGGUACUAGUGGUACUGAAAUUGAUGUUGAUGAUCUUGGUUUUCAACAAAGGAAGAAUUUGCUUGAUAGACUUGUUAAAGUUGCUGAUGAAGAUAAUGAAAAGUUCUUGUUGAAACUCAAGGACAGGAUUGACAGGGUUGGGAUUGAUUUUCCUUCAAUAGAAGUGAGAUUUGAGCAUUUGAAUAUUGAGGCAGAUGCAUAUGUUGGAAGUAGAUCUUUGCCUACAUUUACAAACUUCAUUUCUAACUUCAUUGAGGACUUAUUGGAUAAAAUUCACAUUCUUCCAACGAAAAAACGUCCAGUUACAAUUCUCAAGGAUGUUAAUGGCAUCGUCAAGCCUUGUCGAUUGACUUUGCUUUUGGGACCCCCUGGUUCAGGGAAAACAACUUUGUUAUUAGCUUUGGCUGGAAGACUUGAUUCUGAUCUAAGGGUUACUGGGAAGGUGACAUACAACGGGCAUGAAUUAAAUGAGUUUGUACCUGAAAGAACAGCGGCUUAUAUUAGCCAACAUGAUUUGCAUAUUGGAGAAAUGACUGUCAGAGAAACUUUGGAGUUCUCCGCAAGAUGCCAAGGAGUUGGUUCGCGUUAUGAAAUGUUGGCUGAACUGUCAAGAAGAGAGAAAGCAGCGAAUAUCAAACCAGAUGUUGAUAUUGACAUGUUCAUGAAGGCUGUAUCAACAGACGGACAAGAAGCCAAAGUGAUUACAGAUUAUGUUCUCAAGAUACUGGGACUGGAUAUUUGCGCGGAUACUAUGGUGGGGGAUCAAAUGAUAAGGGGUAUUUCGGGAGGACAAAAGAAGCGUGUCACUACUGGUGAAAUGAUUGUCGGACCGUCUAAAGCCCUAUUCAUGGAUGAAAUUUCAACUGGACUUGACAGUUCCACAACAUACUCUAUUGUGAAUUCCCUAAAGCAAUCUGUUCAGAUCUUGAAAGGAACAGCUCUGAUUUCUCUCUUGCAGCCUGCCCCCGAGACCUACAACUUAUUUGAUGAUAUCAUUCUUCUAUCAGAUGGCUACAUUGUCUAUCAGGGUCCACGAGAGGAUGUGCUCGAGUUCUUUGAAUCUAUGGGAUUCAAAUGCCCGGACAGAAAAGGCGUGGCCGAUUUCUUGCAAGAAGUGACAUCUAAGAAGGAUCAACAACAAUAUUGGGUAAGGAGGGAUGAGCCUUACAGGUUUAUCACAUCGAAAGAAUUUGCUGAGGCUUAUCAGUCUUUCCAUGUUGGGAGAAAAGUAAGCGAUGAGAUUUCAAAUGUAUUUGACAAGAGCAAAAGCCACCCUGCAGCUUUGACUACUGAAAAGUAUGGUAUUGGAAAGAGAGAGCUUUUGAAGGUUUGCACUGAAAGAGAAUUCCUGCUAAUGCAGCGGAACUCAUUUGUUUACAUCUUCAAGUUCUUUCAGCUCUUGGUCAUUGCACUUAUGACAAUGACCAUAUUUUUUCGAACUAAGAUGCCUCGGGAUGAUGCGACAGAUGGAGGGAUAUAUUCUGGUGCUCUCUUUUUUACGGUUAUUAUGCUUAUGUUUAAUGGUUUGUCUGAGCUCCCUUUGACGCUCUACAAGCUUCCGGUCUUCUACAAGCAAAGGGACUUUCUCUUCUAUCCUUCAUGGGCUUAUGCAAUUCCUUCAUGGAUCCUAAAAGUCCCUAUAACUUUUCUUGAAGUUGGGAUGUGGGUGUUCCUCACCUAUUAUGUCAUCGGAUUUGAUCCUAAUGUUGGAAGAUUUUUCAAACAAUUUUUGCUACUCGUAGUAGUAAACCAGAUGGCAUCAGGAUUGUUCAGAUUUAUUGCAGCAGUUGGAAGGACCAUGGGCGUUGCUAGCACAUUUGGAGCAUUUGCCCUGCUUUUGCAAUUUGCAUUGGGCGGUUUUAUCCUUGCACGACCUGACAUGAAGGAUUGGUGGAUUUGGGGAUACUGGAUCUCACCACUUAUGUACUCGGUGAAUGGAAUUCUUGUGAAUGAAUUUAAUGGGAAAAAGUGGAAACAUAUUGCGCCAAAUGAAACUGAGCCGCUUGGAACUUCAGUGGUGAGCUCUCGAGGGUUCUUUCCUGAUGCAUAUUGGUAUUGGAUAAGUAUAGGGGCACUUGUUGGAUUCACAAUUAUUUUUAACAUCGCCUACAGUCUUGCUCUCGCUUACCUUAACCCAUUUGGAAAGCCACAAGCUACGAUUUCAGAAGAGAGUGAGAACAACGAAGAUAGUGAGUCAUCAUCCCAGAUAACUAGCACAACGGAAGGAGGUUCUGUCGGUGAGAAUCAGAAUAAGAAGGGCAUGGUGCUUCCAUUUGAACCCCAUUCCAUCACCUUUGAUGAAGUUGUAUACUCCGUUGACAUGCCUCCGGAAAUGAGAGAGCAGGAUACCGGUGACAAUAGAUUGGUACUUUUGAAGGGUGUGAGUGGAGCUUUCAGGCCAGGUGUUCUCACAGCUUUGAUGGGAGUUAGUGGGGCCGGUAAAACAACAUUGAUGGAUGUCUUGGCUGGAAGGAAAACCGGAGGUUACAUUGACGGGAGCAUCAAGAUUUCUGGAUAUCCCAAGAAGCAAGAAACAUUUGCACGUAUUUCUGGUUACUGUGAACAGAAUGACAUCCAUUCACCUUAUGUUACAGUUUACGAGUCUUUGGUCUACUCAGCUUGGCUGCGUUUAUCUCAUGAUGUUGACGAACCAAAAAGACUGAUGUUUGUUGAGCAAGUAAUGGAUCUUGUGGAGCUUACACCGCUAAGAUCAGCCUUAGUCGGGUUGCCAGGAGUCAACGGUCUCUCAACUGAGCAACGUAAAAGGUUGACGAUAGCAGUUGAACUAGUAGCAAACCCCUCUAUCAUUUUUAUGGAUGAACCAACUUCAGGGUUGGAUGCAAGAGCUGCUGCAAUUGUGAUGAGAGCUGUGAGGAACACUGUCGAUACUGGAAGAACCGUUGUUUGUACCAUUCAUCAACCUAGCAUUGACAUUUUCGAAGCUUUUGAUGAGUUAUUUCUUAUGAAACGAGGAGGACAAGAGAUAUACGUUGGUCCAUUAGGUCGCGAAUCAUGCCAUUUGAUAAAAUAUUUCGAGGCGAUACCCGGUGUAAGCAAAAUACACGAAGGUUACAAUCCAGCAACUUGGAUGUUAGAAGUCACAUCCUCAUCUCAAGAAAUGGCAUUAGGGGUCGAUUUUACAGAAUUGUACAAGAACUCAGACCUCUGCAGGAGGAACAAAGCUUUGAUCGAGGAACUAAGCGUGCCACAACCUGGGACAAGUGACCUGCAUUUUGAAACUCAAUUCUCACAGCCAUUUUGGGUCCAAUGUAUGGCUUGCUUGUGGAAGCAACACUGGUCAUAUUGGCGUAAUCCGGCAUACACAGCAGUCAGAUUUCUCUUCACAACAUUCAUAGCACUCAUAUUUGGGUCAAUGUUCUGGGAUAUUGGUACCAAAACGACUAGGCCCCAAGAUCUAACUAAUGCUAUGGGGUCUAUGUAUGCUGCUGUUCUCUUCCUUGGUGUACAAAAUUCGUCAUCGGUUCAGCCUGUUGUAUCCGUUGAACGUACUGUAUUUUACAGAGAAAAAGCUGCCGGGAUGUACUCUGCCAUACCGUAUGCUUUUGCACAAGUACUUAUUGAAAUUCCUUAUGUAUUUGUACAAGCUGUUGUAUAUGGUCUCAUUGUGUAUUCUAUGAUUGGAUUCGAAUGGACUGUGGCAAAAUUCUUUUGGUACUUCUUCUUCAUGUUCUUCACCUUCCUCUACUUCACCUUCUUUGGCAUGAUGACCGUGGCUGUUACCCCGAAUCAAAAUGUUGCUUCUAUUGUCGCCGGUUUCUUCUAUACCGUAUGGAAUCUCUUCUCCGGAUUCAUCGUUCCACGACCUCGUAUUCCGAUAUGGUGGAGAUGGUACUACUGGGCUUGCCCUGUUGCAUGGACUUUGUAUGGUUUGGUUGCAUCUCAAUUUGCAGACCUCCAAGAUACAAUUAAUGAUCAAACUGUGGAAGAAUACUUGAGAAGUUCCUUCGGAUUUAAGCAUGAUUUUCUCGGAGUUGUUGCAGCUGUGAUCGUUGCAUUUGCAGUUAUUUUCGCCUUCACAUUUGCUUUGGGUAUCAAGGCAUUCAAUUUCCAGAGAAGAUAGAAAAGUGUGUAUUUAUUUAAUUUGUGUUUCUAGUUGUUAAAAUAUGUAUACUUGAAUAAGCUUAUGAACUUUUAGAUUACUGAAUAUGUUGUGUUCUAUUAAUCUUUCUGAAUUCCCAGUUUUGUUGUAUAACAUGUUGUAAUUGUUAUUCAUGAUUUUUUGGUGGAAAUAUAUAUACGAUUUUAUUUAA